UCGUCAUACCGGGUGACGUGUCAGUGGCAACAGACGUUGCAGAAGUUGUGCAAAAAACAGUGAAGCACUUUGGAAGACUCGAUAUCCUCGUAAACAAUGCUGGUAAAUCCCAGAUGGGAUCUAUUGAAAGUGCCUCACUGGAAGAUUUCAAGGGAGUAUGGGAGGUAAACUUCUGCGGAGCACUGUGUAUGAUGAAGAACGCGAUGCCGUACCUACGUCAGACUAAAGGUAACGUCGUAAACGUUUCCAGCGUUGCAGCAAUAACACCGAUCCCAUGUGCUGUGCCUUACGCUGUCACGAAGGCCGCCCUCGAACAUCUGUCGCGAUGUGCUGCCCUAGAGAAUGCUCCGUAUGGUGUACGUGUGAACGCAGUAAGACUCGCCUUGGCUCUCUCUAGCGGAGGCGGUAGCUCGACGCCAGUGCUUGGCUUCGACGUGGCCAUUCCGGACCUUCGGACUGACAACACCAUAUUUAGUGCUCACGACUCCAUUCCUGCCCUAACCUCCAGCUAA